UCGAUUACCUAUUGCAGCUCACUUGGACCUGCGAAGAUGGCUGACCAGAAUGCAAAACAAGCAAAUCAAAAAACUGUCAAAAUCGCAGCGGGUGCAGUUGUAUGCGUGGAGAGCGAAAUCAGAGGAGAUGUGACCAUAGGACCAAGAACAGUCGUUCAUCCCAAAGCCCGUAUCAUUGCGGAAGCCGGCCCUAUUAUCAUCGGAGAAGGCAAUCUCAUAGAGGAACAGGCCCUUAUCAUUAACAGCUAUCCAGAAAACAUCAUGCCAGACACAGAGGGAGUGGAGCCCAAAACCAUGACGAUAGGAGUCAAUAAUGUUUUUGAAGUUGGCUGUGUAUCACAGGCUUUAAAAAUCGGGGACAACAAUGUCAUUGAAUCCAAAGCUGACGUCGGGAAGAACGUGAUCCUGACGAGCGGCUGUAUCGUCGGGGCGUGUUGUCAGGUGAACACGUGCGAGGUGAUUCCGGAAAACACCGUGAUCUACGGCUCCGACUGCAUGAGACGCGUUCAGACCGAAAGGCCGCAGCCUCAGACCCUUCAGCUGGACUUUCUGAUGAAGAUUUUACCAAAUUACCAUCACCUGAAGAAGACGGUCAAAGGCAACUCCACUCCAGCCAGGAGUUAAAUACCGAUACGGACCAAGCCAUGAGCCCCACACCGAACAGGUUCCUGAGGUCAGGCCCUGGAGGUCCUCAGUCCUGCUGGGUUUCCUAGUAACACCACACUCUGAUUGGUCUCUGAUGGGUCAGAGUGUAAAUGUAAAAAGCAGACUUCAGUAAAGGGGGGUAAGGGCAGCAUCCAGCAGGACUCUGGACUCCCAGGCCUGGUUUUCAGGACCUCUCUCAUUCGAGCUUUUGUGAGUGGACUUCAUAGAGACUGUAAACACUAGAGAGGGUCUGGUUGUGGUCCUCAGGGACCAGGUACAACUGCUUUUCCCACCUACGGGACCACUGAGCUGCAGGUUUAGUUCUGUUAACUGUCAGUGCUUAGAGGCCCUUUAGGACCAGAGCUGUGAAUCCCUUACAGAAACGAGACAGCUUCAUAUCAGCGUUUCAAAUAAUAGCACAAAAUUCUAAUUAAUUCCAUUUCCCCCGGUAUCACGUGGCUGUGAUUACUGAUUCUGCUUUGUUUUCUUUGUUGCUGUUGUUGUUAUUUUGUUUAAUUUUUUUUGUUUGUUUGUUUGUUUUACUGUUUCUGUUUUGUGACACAUUUAUGACACAUGCUUUGAGUUUGAAAUCUGUAUUUAUGAAAUCUGGUAUA